UAGGAUGCCAUCUCCCCUUCACUGUGGAUCAGGAUCUGAACUAUACGCAACCCAAUUUUGGGUUUCUCUUCAAAGCCAGCUGGUCUGGCUUAAUUUCUUGUUCUUAAACUUUGUUUUAAAUAAUUUACAGUUAAUUUUCCUCUCUCUUUUCUUUUUCUUAUUUUUUUAUUUGAUUUAUUUUCUACAAAGACUGGCCCACAGCAGGUGCUGGAGGGUAGACUUCCUGGAGAAGAAAGUUAACUGGACUGGUGCCAAACGAAGGGCCGGGAAGCCUCAAAAACCCAUUUGAUGGAGACACAAAAGCACUGAAGUUUCAAAGGGAGAAGACAGUGUCGAGAAAGUUGAGAAAAAAGGUUACGAGGACGUGAUUGAAACGGAUGCCGAAGUCUUUGAAAUAAGAGGAACGAGCACAGAGGAAAGACUGCGCUGAGGAUCGGAGACAAAGAGAGCGAUUGGAAGGAAGACAAGCGGACAGUACUUUUGGAACAGGAAGGAAUAACAGACCGAAAUAAUGGGGAGGAAAAAGAUUCAGAUUGCGCGGAUAAUGGACGAACGUAACAGACAGGUUACAUUUACAAAGAGGAAGUUUGGACUAAUGAAGAAGGCCUACGAGCUGAGCGUUCUAUGUGACUGUGAGAUUGCCCUCAUCAUCUUCAACAGCACGAACAAGCUUUUCCAGUAUGCCAGCACCGACAUGGACAAAGUUCUGCUCAAAUACACAGAAUACAAUGAGCCCCAUGAGAGCCGGACGAAUUCGGACAUUGUGGAGACUCUAAGGAAGAAGGGUCUAAACGGCUGUGACAGCCCUGAUAUUGAUGCUGAAGAUUCAGGCCACAGUCCAGAGUCUGAAGAGAAAUAUCGCAAAAUCAAUGAAGACAUUGACCUAAUGAUCAGCAGGCAGAGAUUGUGUGCCAUCCCCCCAUCCAGUUACGACAUGCCCAUCUCAAUCCCUGCGAGUAACCCCAACAGUCUGAUCUACAGCCACCCGGGAGCGUCGCUGGGCAACCCCAACCUGAUGCAGCUGGCCCACCCCUCCCUCCAGAGGAACAGCAUGUCCCCUGGAGUGACCCACCGGCCCCCAAGUGCUGGCAAUACAGGUGGCCUCAUGGGUCCAGACCUCGGCAGCGGAGUAGGCACCAGUGCUGGGAACGGGUACAUAAACCAUCGCAACUCCCCUGGUCUGCUGGUCUCCCCGGGGAGCAUGAGUAAGAACAUGCAGGCCAAGUCUCCACCCAUGACCAUGAACAUGAGCAACCGUAAACCUGACCUCAGAGUGCUGAUCCCCCCCGGCUCAAAGAACACCAUGCCCUCCAUCAACCAGAGAAUAAACAACUCCCAGUCGGCCCAGUCCUUGAGCACCCCAGUGGUGUCUGUAGCCACGCCCACUCUGCCGGGGCAGGGCAUGGGCGGCUACCCAUCAGCCCUGUCUACCUCAUAUGGUACAGAAUAUUCUUUCAGCAGUGGAGACCUGUCCUCUUUGUCAGGUUUUAACAGCUCUGCUUCUCUCCAUCUGGGUUCGAUGUCUGGCUGGCAACAGAACAUGCAGCAUUCUGGUCUUCAACAUUUAGGGAACUGCACCAGCACACAGUUGUGUCAGAGCUCCACCCUCUCCCUACUGUCCAAUCAGAACCUGCAAAUAAAAUCAGAACCCGUCUCUCCUCCCCGAGACCGGGCCGGAAGCACCCCGGGUGGCUACGCCCAGCCUCCGCCCCCUCAGUCACAGCAGCAGCAAGCAGGUCAACUGCGACUAGACGCGGGCCGUUCGCCCGUCGACAGCCUGAGCAGCUGCGGCAGCUCGUAUGAGGGCAGCGACCGUGAGGAGCACCGCGUCGACUUCCACUCGCCCAUGGGACUGCUGAGACCCUCUCAGGACGAGCGGCACAGCCCGUCCGUCAAACGCAUGCGCCUGUCCGAGGGCUGGGCCUCUUGAUUGGCACCGCCCACCAGUGGCUCCGCCCCUCAGGGAGGGCUUUUCUAUGUGGAGAUUUCACUUUAUAGUAUUAUAUUUGUUUCUGCGGAGUGUGAGUGCUACAGCAAGUAUUACAAUUAUAUAUAAGAUAAAUAGGGAGGGUGGGUGUGUUUGUGAUUUGGGGUUGGGGGCAAGGGAUAUGCAUCGCUUGUGAUGUGUUGGAAAAUGGGGAAAAAAAUUAUACUUGCAAUUUUACAUAUGUGUGUAUGUAUGUUUACAAGCAUACAGGAUAAAAAAAGAGAAGUCUGGUACUCUUGUUUGGUAAAGCUACUUUUUAGUUCAGUAAUAUAUUAUGCGUAAUUAAACUAUUAUUAAGACGCAUUGAUGUGUCUCGGGGCUUGUACAAGUAAUAUUCCCGUACCAGGGGCGUAGAUCCCCCCCCCCCCAAUAAUCAAAACAAGCAAGUACAAUCCCCCCAGUAUUUAUACCGUGAUCAAUGGAAACAUGUAAAAUCCAAAUCUAUGCCCUUGUCCCGUACAAACCAGGGCCUUUAUGCUCACCGUCAAUGCUCACUCACUUGCAAAUGUACAUUAUCACAGACGUUGUUGUGUUGCAGGUUCAACGUAUUUAUGUAAAUAGAGGACGAUGAGGCUUUUGGGUAAAUAAGCUGCCAGGAUUUGCAGAUUUAUUUACGAUUAACAUACACAUACACACACACAGAGAGAGAUCACACACGAUUUUAAGAUGACGUAUUCAAGGGCCCGGGGCCGAGGAUUGUACACAAUUGAAAAUACAAACAGAAUCAGGAAUUGUUUUAAAUAAAAGGAUUCUGUUGUAAAUGUUGUUGAUAUUUAGAUCUAAGAGCCAUGUUAACAACUUUCAACUUCCCGGUGGAAACGAUGUACAAAACAUUUUGCUUAUAUUUUCAUAAAAAU